AGAAGCUGCUCCGGGACGACCUUGUAGUACCCGUUUUUUUUUCUGUACGACCAGCUGCACGUGUCCUGGUGCAACAACUCGGGGUUAGUAGCUCCGGGUAAUACAAGUGAGUGUCUCAUUUUGGCGCAUUAUCGAGGCUCAAAACGACGCUCUUGAGCCCCGCUCCGCAGUCUAACAGAGUAGGUAGGGGGAAUUUGAUUGCUUCUACGUUUAUCGUUUCUGCGAGCCAGCUGCACUGCAUUCUGCUCACCAAAAAUGAAGUCAUCUGUUUCCCCGUCCAAGGCCCCCACCUCCGGGAGGAAAACAAGCCACCACCGCGCCCCCUCCUUGGAGUUGCAGCGUGCGGGCCUCACCGCUUUGACCUCCGGCGGUGCAGCCGAUGUGCGACACUGCUCACCGCGGUUGCAGAGGGCAAUGGCGAAUUUCCUUGUGCCGGCGCUGCUCAACAAGAAGGGCAGUGACCCGGAAGACGACGUGAGAUACCGAAAUCAAAACAGAAGGCUGAGGACCGACAAGCACACGGAGUCGGCGCCGGUCUUUCUUCCAUCAUCAGACGAAAAUGGAUCUUCAUCCGCGACCUCGAGCUACACUGGCGGUGGGCGCGCCGGUGGGGCACUGCUAGAUCGAGGAGCAGGAGCAGCGCCGGGUAAAAGCAAUAUGCGAAGCAGCGGCAGUCAGAACUACCGAAUAGGAGGUGGGAGCAAACACCUCUACCCCGUGCCGGAAACCCCGAAUAUGAAGAUACCGUCGCCAGUAUCAACCGGAAUUAAAGUGUUAAAACGUUGAGAACUCGGAAUAUGUGAUGCGAUAAAACAUUCAAAACCAAAAGCAAAAGGAUGAAGAAUUAUAGUACACUGUCACUGAUAUUUGUAUUGCUGAGCACCCAUGAUGAAAGGAAAAAUCUGUCAUGCGUGAUCGUACUUACAUAGUGAAAGCAUCAAAACCGUGAACGUUAAAACACCUUUGCGAGUGAUAGCUGGCAAAAAGGGUAGAUCUGGACGCGCACCAGAAGUGGAUGCAGUAUGCGGAGCCACCAUAUCCUGUGCAAAAGUAUCGUACUCGUAUUGCAAUCAUGCAUUACAAAUUUUCUUGUUAAGUCAAAUCCGCAUUACAAAUUUUGUUUCUCAUGCUGAGACAAUUUGUCAUGCAUUUAUACGAGUACGAUACUAUUGCAGUUCAUACACCACGUAUAAAACCAAUAUGUGAAGAGGAGGACAGAAGUUUGAUGGUUUUCUUGUUGCAGCUGCAUGACAAAUCGCUGUUCUGUUGCUGUUUCCUUUGUGUUUGUUAUUCUAUCUAUCGAUAAAGUGAUCUUAUCACACUACAGAGGGCCACUUCCCCCACCCCACGAAAGCGAACGAGAAAGGCUUGCCGUUUUCUCCGACCAAAAACGCGAGGGACCACCUCAAGCACCCGAGUUCCCCCUACCGAGAUCAGCCCCCACUACCCGACCAUUUCCUCAAGCCCUGCUCCAACACCUCCCCGAUUCUCUACAACUGCUUUCACAAAAAGGACACCACAGACGUGUACGAGUGGCAACAGCGCGAGUUUAAUUGGUUCGUCGAGGCGCAGCAUAAGUUCAACCAGGAAGUCAAGCACUUGCUAA